CGAUCAACACCCUCGCGUGCUCACCGCCCGUCUUGCUGACCACUCACAACUCCCUCCAACUGGCAAUAUGAUCACGCGCAUUGGACGAGAUACCAGCUAUGCCUAUCAUUGCGCCGAAGCGCAAGGUUACACGACGUUUGCGCGCGGACACCCCUACCACAACCGUGUCUAUCCACCGUGCAGGCUUCCAACGCUCGCCGCAUGCAACUCUAGAUCUCUUGCUGCUCGCUUAUUCGCACGUUGUCGGCGGGCGUAGAGGCUAGAAAAGUCUGGAGAAAACCUUCCGUUGCAACGUCACCGCCGUAGAACCGCGCGGAGAUACAAACGCUGUGAGCGACGUGGUUUCCUCUUAUAUCUCGCGCGGCUUCCUUCAACAACCCUGGGACCUUCACCACCAGCUUUUGCGAUAGCGAUCGACACACUUCAGGCUACGCGUCCCAGUCGCCAAUUCCUCAAGCAGCAGACAUCAUGGCGACGAACAAGGACCCCGAACUCGCAAAAGACACGCUCGAAAUCACGGCGUCCAAUUCCUCCAUCAAAGAUGCCCCGGCCCCGGUCCCCAUCGCAGGCGAAACGGUGCACCUCCCCAGCUUCGAGCACGAGAAAGCCCUCGCCUUCAAAAUGGACAUCCGCAUCCUCCCCGUUCUCGCCGUCAUGUACCUCUUCAAUGCUUUGGAUAAGGGAAAUCUCGGCAAUGCGAAAACCGACGGCAUGGACAAGGAUUUGCACUUCGUCGGCAACCAGUACAACACUAUGCUGAGUAUCUUCUACGUGCCGUAUGUGGUUUUCGCGCCGCCGAUUGGCAUGCUGGGCAAGAAGUACGGACCCCACAGGGUGCUGCCGAUUAUGAUGUUUAGCUUUGGGAGCAUGACGCUACUGAGUGCGGCGACGAAGAAUUGGGGCGGGAUGAUGGCGUUGAGGUGGUUUUUGGGGAUGUCCGAAUCCGCCUUUUUCCCCCUCGUCAUCUACUACCUCACCACCUUCUACCGCCGCGGUGAGCUCGCCAGGCGCCUCGCCCUCUUCUAUGCCGCCUCCAACAUCGCGAACGCCUUCAGCGGCCUCCUCGCUUUCGGCGUUUUCCACAUCGAGUCCGGCCUCGACUCCUGGCGCUACCUCUUCAUCAUUGAAGGCAGUUGCACAAUCCUCUUCUCCUUCUUCGCCUACUGGUACCUUCCGAAAUCUGCAUACGAGGCCAAGUUCCUGAACGAGGAAGAGAAGAGACUCGCGUAUACUAGGAUCCAGAUUGAUAGCUCCAGUGUGGUCAAUGAGGAGUUUAAUCUGAAAGAUGCGCUCAAGAUCUUCAAGAUGCCGGCUGCAUACGGAUUCCUAGCUAUCGAAGUCUGCUUGGGAGUCCCGCUUCAAUCCGUCGCGCUCUUCCUCCCACAAAUCGUUGGAGCCCUCGGCUAUGACAAGAUCAAGACAAACCUCUACACCGUCGCGCCCAACAUCGUAGGCGCCUGCUUCCUCCUCAUUCUCGCUUUCACGUCGGACUUCACGAGAUUGCGAUUCCCCUUCAUCGCGCUCGGCUUCGCCCUCACAUUCAUCGGGUUUAUUAUCUACGCCACCAUCGACGUUACCAGUGAGCUACGUGUUGCCUACUUCGCAUGCUUUAUGAUGACGUGGGGCACGUCUGCGCCGUCCGUUUUACUAUCCACAUGGUACAACAACAACGUUGCGCACGAGGGAAGGCGUGUCACGCUGACGUCUAUUGGUGUGCCGCUGGCGAAUUUGAUGGGAGUUGUGAGCUCCAACAUCUUCCGCGAACAGGAUAAGCCGAAGUACCUUCCUGCACUCGCAACUACCGCUGCGUUCGGCGCGACGGGAUGUCUUUGUGCGUUACUUCUGGGCUCGUACAUGGUUGUCGAUAAUGCGAGGCGGAAUAAAAAGCAGGGUGUUAACCUGACCGCUAGGGAUGUGAGUACGGCGAAGUUGAGGGAUGGACCGAAGGAUCUGGAUUUUAGGUGGUUUUUGUGAGGAACAGGGAACCUAUUUACGAGUGAUAAAAGCAGGGCCUUCUUUUUUUGCAGCGAGGCAUACGGACUGAUGGGGGAUACGAUGGAAUAUCAUAUCCUCAAUUCAAUUCAAUUCCACCGUCUUUACCUAUAGCCGUCCUCUCAACUCACCGUGCCGCGGCCCUCUCAAAUCCCCACCACGCCCUCGAAGUCCCGUAUCCCCCUGCGCAGGCCCUGCUCCCACUCCCACACGAAGCCUCCCCUCAUACCUGACUCCCUAACCCUCUUCAACACCCACAUCUCCAUAUUUCCAAUCUUGUUGC